GAAGAAGAAGAAGAAGAAGAAGAGGAAGUAGAAGAAAAGAACUAGUCCGCAAUUGAUUAACACAUUCAUCAUGAUGAUUACUGCAGUGAUUAUUUCACUUCUGUUAUUUCAAUCAUUUCAAUCUACAACAUCGAAUCAAAGUAAUACAACUACUACACCGCCUAGUGCAUGGGAGAAAUUUAAAAGCGGACUACAUGUAUUUCUAGACUUUCUGUGUACACUCAAUUCAUUCUGGCAAACUGUCAAAAGUAUCUUUGGAUAUAUAUUUUAAUGUAAAAUACAUUUUUAUUAAUAAUCAAAUAUGUAAAAGAAUAUUGUUCUGGAA